AUGAGCGGCAUCGGUCACAAAAGCAUUCUCUUGACGAGUCCUGAUGGGGACCAGUCGCCAUUACACCAUUCCCAUGGCGAUCGUGAAUUAUCGCCCACGACUAGCAGCGGAAUAGCUGCUACAGACCGACCUACGGAGUGUGAGAAUCAAAGUAGACAUGCUGCUGCUGUUGCGGGGUCUGCUGCAGGAUCCACUGGUGUACAGUUUGAUGCAGACCAACUGGAAAGAGGUCGAAGCCGCACAAAAUUUUUAAGACAAAAUAGCAACAACGGGGUCCUCAGAUCCGUCAGCAGAUCGAGAUCAAGAUCUUGCGCGUCUGUCAGGAUAAAAGACGAAGAGUUUCUCAAGUGGACGGUUCUCAGGCGCGAUCCCUCGAUGAGGUUGAAACUGGUAUCGAAAAACGCACGCAAGAACAAGGCUGGAAGCAGAGAAGCCAACGAGGAAAGUGAAGACAGUAACGAGGACGACGAAGACGAAGAUGAAGACGAAGACGAAGACAGCCUUGGAGUUGAAAAUGAUGAUGACGACUGUUCUGACGAAGAACAAGUUCUAGACGUUGAAAACGAUUAUGAUAUCGACAAGGAGUUCCACUACGAUUUGGGCAUGAAAGUACUGCCCAAUUUUGUGAUCAGUCUGAACGAGGUUCUGGAGUCGAGCAAGGCCUGGAUACGGAAAUACGACGCCUCAAUCGCGGGCAAGGAAACCGAGGGAGUCACUACAGAAACUUUAUCGCAAGACUACAUCAAAUCCAUGCAGGUACUAACAAAGGGCAAGGGCGCAUCGGACGAAGACUCCCACUCCUACAUUCUAUUUGCAGAUCUGAGCUCGGAGUCGCAGUACGCACUCACAUACGUGAUGGGAUCCGUCAUUGGAAACGGCGACACUCUGUAUCUUCUCAACUGCGACAACAGCAGGUACGGCGACGAAGCCAAGAUCAAGAUACAGUCAAACGUCAUCAAGCUGAGAUCAAGCGUAAUGCACAUGUUUGACUGCGUAAGCGCUGUCAUCGACGACCUGGAUGUCGUUGUGCUGUCGUUGCAGCACCCGUACCCCAAACAUCUGUUAACCGAGAUGAUUUUCGGCCUAAAGCCCGUCGCACUAUGCUGCUCGCUGUCGAUGAUACUCUCGACAUUGCAAAACUUUGUCUGCUCCGUGCCAACCUUGGUAAUCCGCAAGAAACUCAAACGAUCCAAGAAAAAGGGCAUAUCCGAGUGA